AAAACACUGCGCAUACAGGCGGAAUGUAGUUGACUCGUUGCUGAGAAGAUUCACAUAAACAAAAUAAAGUCAGUUAGAUAUUAUUACCCAAGCACGGUUCCUAAAAGAGAUCACUAUGGAUUUCGACCGCGUGCUUGAGAAGUGUGGAAACUUCGGAAGAUUUCAGUUUGUUAUUCUAAUUCUCUACGGCUACACGAACAUUCUCAGCUCGUUGCAUUAUUUCUCGCAGACCCUUAUUACUUUUACACCUGAGCACUGGUGUUCCCACGAUGACCUAAUGGGCUUGGGUGCCGCGGAGCUGCGAGCCAUUUACUCCAACGUUUCGCACUCCUCCUGCACUCUUCUUUCCGAGGUGGUCAAUGGAACGGGAGUGGCCUCUGAUGAGUCCUGUCAGGACUGGAUCUUCGAGCGGGAGAACGGCUACGAGAGCCUAACCACGGAACUGAAGUGGGUCUGCGACAAAUCCCAUCAGCCGGCGGUGGGCCAAUCCUUCUUCUUCCUGGGCUCGGUGGUGGGCACCAUUUCCUUCGGGUUUCUAUCUGACCAUAUUGGAAGAUUGCCGGCAAUGCUGAUGGCGACUUUAUCCGGUGCAACCGGUGACUUUAUUACCUCGUUUGUGCACACGCUACCCUGGUUCGCCUUCUCAAGAUUUGUGUCCGGACUAUCCACGGAUACCAUGUACUACCUAAUGUACAUCUUGGUCUUUGAGUACCUGAGUCCCAAACGUCGCACCUUUGGUCUGAACAUCAUCCUGGCUGUAUUCUACUGCUUUGGAUUGAUGACCUCGCCCUGGAUCGCCAUGUGGAUUGGCAACUGGCGUCGCUACCUCUGGUUGGCAUCUCUUCCAGCGCUGGGAGUCCUCAUUUAUCCUCUCCUGAUCUGCGAAAGUGCCCAGUGGCUGCUGACCAAGAAGAAGUACGAUGAAGCGGUGGCCUGUCUGAAAAAAGUGGCCAAGUUUAAUGGCCGUCAAGUUGAGGACUCAGUGUUUGAUGAGUUCGUAAAGCAUUAUCGCGAGAAGAUGAACGAGGAGAGCAAGCUGAACAAGCAAAUGGAUACUUUCCUGGGAAUGUUCAAGACUCCCAGACUGCGCCGCUUCACCACCACAUUGCUGGUUAAAUCGGUCAUUAUCACGCUUUCCUACGACGUGAUCAACAGGAACAUGGAAGGCCUGGGCUCCUCGCCCUUCAAGCUCUUCUCACUAACCUCCAGUGUUUACUUGCCGGCUGGAUUCACCAUCCUACUGCUCCAGAACAAGAUUGGGCGAAAGGGCAUGGCAUGUGGAGCCCUGCUGGUGGGAGCCAUCACAACCGCGGCAACUGGAUUCCUGAUCGCGGUAUUGGAUCCCAAUGAGAAUGCUGUUCUGCUGGCACUAAUGGUGGCUCUGGGUCGCUUUGGCACAACUGUUUCCUAUGAUGCGGAAAUCCAGUACGCAGCGGAGAUCAUUCCGACCAGUGUGCGUGGACAGGCGGUGUCCAACAUCCAUGUGGUGGGAUUGGCCUCCAGCUCGCUGGCCUUCUAUGUGAUCUACCUGGCCCAGUACUACAAGCCCCUCCCCUCGAUCUUCAUUAGCGUUCUGAUGUUCCUGGGUGCGCUACUCUGCCUGAGCCUUCCCGAAACUCUUCACAAAAAACUACCCGAAACCCUGGCCGACGGAGAGCGCUUCGCCAUGAACGAGAGCUGCCUGUACUUCCCAUGCUUACACAAACGCCGCGAAAGUCUGACCGAGCAUACGGACCAAAAGUCUGAACCCUAGAGAAAGAUGCACCUGGUAGCUGACUACUGUUUUGUAUCUCAUAACCUGCUAGCCACUCAACCUGAUGAUGGGGUCAACGAAAUGCUGACCCCCGUAACCGAAUGGUCUGAUAGUUAUUACUCAUGUGAAGGAUGCAUAGUAAUUAAACCAAAACCGUUGUAUAGAAUACACAUACCUAAUCCUAUAUAUCCAAAAACAGAACUGGUAUACAUAUAUGACGCACUCCUUUUUUCACAAUAAAUAUUUACAUAUAUAAAGAA